AUGAAUCAAAUGUUGGACUCUGAUUUUUAUCGCCAUCAACCACAAAGGGUCGCUCAUGUGCUUCAGCUAUCUCUGUCUCUCUCAGCAAAACGCUAAAGCUAUGCAAAGCUCUUCGAUUCUUUGCUAUUCUUCAAAUCCCAUUUCAACCCAUCUGUAUCUCUCAGGUCCUCACGCACUUGCGUUUUUCCACGGAAAAAAUCAGUUAAAUUCGAGGCAUGUUGUUUCAUUUUCCAGCAAAUCACUACGGCCAUUUCUACACAAACGCCCACAAUCGCGCUUUGCUAUCAAAUCUUCUGCUACUCAAGAGAUUGGUGAGACUACUUCAUCAGCUUCAAGCUUUAUUGAGACUGGUUACAUUUUUGGUGUCCACGGGCUACAAGGAGAAGUUCGGGUAAAACCGAACACCGAUUUUCCCGAACUGCGAUUUUCCGAGCCAGGAACAAGAUGGUUGAAGCAGCAGACAAUGGGAAUCGAGACUAUUAAAGAAAUCGAGCUGGUGGAGGGUCGAGGGCACCCUGGAAAAAAUUGGAUUGUAAAAUUUAAUGACAUAAACACAGUAGAAGAGGCACGAAAAAUUGUUGGGGCAACUAUAUUGGUGACAGAUGAAGAUAGACCAGCCUUAGAGGAAGGCGAAUUCUACACUCGCGACCUUAUUGGAAUGAGAGUUAUUCUUAAGGAAUCGGGAGAACCAGUAGGAACUGUUGUCAAUGUUUUCAAUAGUGGAGCAAGCGAUCUUCUGCAUGUGAAGCUGAGCUCAAUGAGAAAUAUUGCUGAUCAGAAUGGAAAGUCAAAUGUUGUAGAAGGUGAUUCGGGUCAACUAGCGUGGGUCCCAUUCGUUAAAGCAAUUGUUCCUGUUGUUGAUCGGGAAAAACGAGAAAUGUUGAUUACACCUCCAAAAGGGCUGUUAGAGUUAAAUAUUCGCUCGAAUGACAGGAGCAAGAAAGAAAGGCGGGAGCUUGAAUGGAAAGAAAGAAAAAAGUUCCAAAGGCGCUUGAUAGCAUCUAAAAAGAAACUAUCUGAAAUAAAGCAGGAACAUGUGUUUCACGGGUUUAGUCACGGGGAGAAAGAUGAAAGGAGCUUGCUUGCGAAUCAAAUAAUGACUGUAAAUUCAAAAUUGCUUCAACAGGCUCUACAAAGUAUUGAGAACCCCUCUACAAGGUUGAACUUGCGUGAUGUUUUGAGUGCUGUGCCAAGAUCAAACACUGUAAAAGUAUCUAAAAGAAAAAAGCCGUCUGAUCCAUAUUCCAAACUGCAACGAGAAGGAUGCCUUUUGACUUCUAACGGAAAAACUGCCAUGGUUUUAAUGUUGGAUGAAAUUGAGAAAACUUCUGAUGCCAACGAGGAUCCAUGUGUGCUUAUAAAAGCAAUACUUGAGGAUGAGAAUAGAUUUGCUAAGAUUGAAGAACGUAAAACCGUGCCUCUUGUACUGGUCACUUCUUCUUGUUCGUCCAGCUCUCUGCAGGAAUUCUUCCUCGAUAAUGACUACUUUGCAUUUGAUCCGAAAAAGGUCUGGUUUCUAGAAGAUGGGAAGCUUCCAGUUGUCAGUAACACUUUUGGAGAGCAUAAGAUACUAAUGAAGUCACCUUGGGAAAUUCUCCAACGGCCAAUCGGAUCUAGAGGCUUGAUUACCUUAUUUUCACUCCAAGAGCCAUUGUUAGAUCAACUAAGUGAAAUUGGCAUCGAGUAUAUUGAGCUUUGCAAGGCCAAUAGAAAACGUGAGGAUGGGAAUACACUUCUUGGACUCGUACGUUCAUGCAAAGCAAAUGUCGGGAUACGACUUGUCAAAGGUCUCGCACAUGAAGAAGAUUUUCAAAUGAUAUUCACCUGGAGAUUCUUCCGAAAGUUGACAAAACGGAUAAAAGAGGUUCGUUUUGAAGCCGUUAGCAGUUGUAAUUCGUACGUCGAGAAAGUCGACGAGGAUUGGGUCGAUGUCAUCCCCACGACUCCUAAUUCGUACGAGUUUCGGUCUUCGAUUUACAGCGUAUUGGAUACUGCGCAUGUCGAUAAGGUGUGUGUGUUGGAUAGUAGAGAUUGAUUAGCUAGUAAGACUUUAACAAUGUGAGGUUUUAUUAGAAUGGGUAGUACUUUUUUGUAAUUAACUAUUCCAAUACUUGUACACUGUACCAAGGUUAUAUUUGUUGCUAGAGCUGUUAAAUUAAAUGAGUCGUUCGUGAGCUCGACUCCUUAAGGCUCAAGUUCGUCUCUGCUCGAGUGAGCUCGAGCUUGUUUAAAGCUUGUUCGGUUAACUAGCCGAACUUGGCUCAGCUUGAUAAGGCUCGAAAAGAUGAUUUUGAUGUAUUUUUUUAUAGUUUGACUCGAUUUUGGCUCGUUAAGGUUGAACUCGGCUCGUUAAUAUUGAUAAACGAGUCGAGCUUGAAUUCGAUUAUAAGCUUGUUAAAAUCUCGAGCUCGACUUAACUGCUGCUUAUGUUUUUCACUUUUUCACUGUUAAGGGGACAAAAAAUGUUUGUG